AUGAUCCAUCAAACAGUGCCCGAGGAAGCAGAUCCACGUCCCCUUACGAGAAAUGGUGAUUUUUUUCAAACUAUAUAUUUUUCUCCAAUUCAGAGAGAAAACGUCUUUUUUUCGAAAUUUUGCUUUCAAAGGUGUUUUUCGACUUUCAGAGACUCAUUUCUCACUUUUCGUGACAUAUUAUUUAUUCAAUUUUUUUAAGAACUCGACGUGAUCGCCAUUGAAGAUCCUGUGCAAGACGUGGAGGAACCUUCCAUCAAAGACGGUGAUACUCAAAAUAAUUUAUUUCGACAAUGAUUUCUUCACUCAUUUUUCUGUAUAUUUAUUAUUUAGAAGGGAAUCAGCGAUCGAUUGAUGACGCCUCUGGAGUUCGGAUGCCAUCAGAACAGGAUGGUGAUUUUUUAUAUCAUUUUUUGAUAUCAAUCUUUUUGACUCAUUCUUGUUCAAAUUUAAGAUGAUAUUGACCUCGUCUACGACUGGAAACCUCCGCUUGAUAAGAGAGAAACUGAACUCGAAGGUCUCACUGAAGAAGAACUCGAUAAAAAGUUGUGGGAAGAAUAUGACUUCGUAAGAAGGACAUUUGGUGACCGUAAGUUUUCGAGAGCGAUAAAUCAUCUUAAUUUGAAUUUUUCGAAUUUUUUGUGAACCUGAUUAUGAGCUAGUGCAAAAAAAAGACAGUUUUCCGAAUUAAACCUCGUUCAAAAGCACGGAGAAGGCGAGAAUCUUUAAAAAGGCUGCGUUUCAAAAAAUUUCGAGAAAAGUGUUUUUUUCUUGUUGCUGAUGCAAGAAAAAUUUAAAAACAAUCUAAUAAGACCAAAUUUCUGAUAAAAUCAUUGUUUCGAAAUACCAAAAGCUUUCAACAACAGUUUUUUCUUCGAUACCUAUAAGAAUUAGCAGACGACUUUUUUUCCUAGCCAGAUACAGUCUUGCGUGAGUAUUUUUUGGUUAUUCAUCCGUUACUUCGUCAGAAAAAAAUCUUUUUCGACAUGAAAUUUCAACCAAAUAAGUAAAACGAUAUUAUUUCAUUAAAGAUUUGAGCCGACUCAAAAAAACUUCAAAAAAAUGAAAAAACUUCAAAAAAACAUGAACGAAAAAAACUAAAAAAAUUUAACAUUUUUUUGGUUUUUUUCGUUCAUAGGGGAGUCUGAACCUGGCUCCUCAAAUGAGUGGCUGGUUGAAAUCAUCAUUUGUAAAAGCCACUCUAGAAGACUUUUUUUUUACUUAAAAUUUCUCCCUUUUUGCGCAUUAAAUGUCUAGAAAAAAAUUUCAGACCAUUUUUGUGUCCCAAACAAGAGGCCAGCCGUACAUCUGACAAACGCGAUGCUCCAAUUUUUCAUCUCUGUUGACAACUUUGAAGAUUACAUUAGUGAAUUCGCAACAUUACAUCCAAUGGAUAAGCUUCUGGCUGAGUUCAAACAAAUUGUUUGCGAAGAAGUCAUGGAAACCGAAGACUUUGUAACUCAGCUUCGUCGUCGACUUCCGAAAAAAUAUUCGCUGGAACAGUUUUUCCGAGUGAGUAUUUUUUCUCUGGUUCACGGUUUAGACUUUAAUUUUCAACCUUCCCGUAGUCGUGAGAAUUUUUUCCAUAUCAACCUUUUUUUUUUUGUCACUUCGAGUGCUUUCUCAGAGUUGAAGUAGGUGGAAAGAAUUCCGAAAAAAAAAAAUCCUGAUUGCUGGAUUCGCCGUAGAGUCCCUGAGUCAGUUCGAAUUGGUAUUGAUGAAUAAAUUUUCAGAUUUUGCCGAGAUCGAUAACUAAGCAGUUUGAAAUCUUAGCGAUGGUGCAUUAUUGCUGCCCUAGGGAUCACAGUCAGUGCAGAAAAGAAGAAGUAGUAAUUGAUAUCGCGGAAAUACCCUGCCGCGAUCUUGGCUUUCUUGAAGACUUCAAAAAAGAAAUUCAGGUGAGUUUUUCAAACCGAUAAUUAGAAAAAUAACAUUAUUCUGAACAUUUGUAUAAUAUUUCAUUGACAGAUCAACGUGAACCCUAACAAGUUCACUUGGAUCUAGAACUUGAGAGAGGACAUAAUACAGUUAUAUUUGAGUCUUGGGGGAAUAGAUAAGAAGAUCUCGUGCAAUGGUAGAUUGACCAGUAAAAACGAUUAGCUAAGAAAAACCUAGAUUUGGAAGGUUAAUAAAAGUCAAAACCUCACAAAAAUGUUCGGGAUAGUGACGAUACACAUUUGUGAAGCGGUGGAAGGAAACUUUUUUUGAAAAUCAUCUCACUUUCAGCUAAAAGAAGGCCCUUGUCGAUGUGGGAGAUUGAAAAAUAUCUUCGUUUGCGCUCGACGAGCUAAAGGUACCCUUGCAGAGAGUCUUUUUUGGAAAUGUCUUGUUCCAGAUUCGAAAUAUUUUCUUCUAGACCUCAGCAAGACAGCUCACGAGAAAAGCCGCCAUCUGCUGGAGGCGGAGAAUUUAUACCUCGGUGAGCAUUUGAAAUAAGCUAUAAAAACUUUAAAAUUCUGCAUUUUCAGAUUUUUUUGGAGUUAGAAUGAAAUUGCUUGCAGUGAUUUCAUUGUACCCCUACGGUUUUAAGAGUUACAUGUGCUUCAAACGGUCGUCCGAAGGAUGGGCCGCGUACAUUGACGAAGGAGACAUUCAUUUCCACAAAGAAUUGCCGAAAAUUGGGGAAAAGUUGCUUUAUAUCAUUUACAAGAUAGUCGACCCCGAACAACCGAUGAAUUCUUAG